CUAUUCAUUCAGCAGUGGACUAAACUCUGCAAGGGUCUGAAACUAGGUUAUCUAACGGUGAACGUCCUAUCACAAAGGGAUAUUUAAAUAAAGACAUGCGUGUAUGUUAGAUAGUACAAGCUAUAAGCAUUGACACCGCUCAGUUGUGUUCAUCCAAAUGGAAACGGCACGAACUAAACGUUAGCUAGCAUUACAUUAUAUGUAUUCUCGAAGUUAGGGCAGUCUUAAAACAACAAUGGCAACUUUGGGCAGUGAACAUCUGUGCGGAGAAAAGUAGAAGCUAAAGUUAAUGGACAGUGGACUCUGGACAGGUAUGUCUCUUCGGUUUUUUUCCUGCUUGCUGCUGCUGUUCUGUCCGGAUGUGUUGAGACAUGAAGUCCCGGGGGCUCGGGCAGACCCGGUACCCAGUGCUGCUAAAACUUUAGUAUGGGGACCUGGACUGGAGGCAAACAUCGUCCUUCCUGCUCGCUUCUUUUACAUCCAGGCGGUGGACAGCUCGGGGACAAAUUUAACAUCAUCACCUGGUGAGAAGACCUUUGAAGUAAAGAUUGUGUCUCCAGUGGAGCAGUUCACCAGGAUUUGGAUCCAGAUCCUGGAUCGUCAGGAUGGCUCCUUCCUGGUUCGUUACAGAAUGUAUGCCACCUACACGGACCUUCACAUCCACGUUUUGCUCAAGAGCAAGCAUGUCGCCAAGUCACCUUUUAUUCUCAAAGGCCCGGUCUACCAUGAGGCCUGUGACUGUCCCCAGCCCAGUGGUUCUGUAUGGGAGGACCACAUGCACUGUCCUCAGUCCUUCUCUCAGAUAGACAGGGACCUGUCCGCCUUCACUAACGUCGACCCAGAUCGUAAUGCGCAGGAAAUCCCAGAUCGAUUUGGACAGAGACAAAGCCUCUGCCACUACACUGUUAAAGACAACAAGGUCUAUGUUAAAACUUUCGGAGAGCAUGUGGGCUUCAGAAUCUUCAUGGAUGCUAUUCUCCUGUCACUCACCAGAAAGGUGCAGCUCGCUGAUAUGGAGUUCUUUGUUAACCUGGGGGACUGGCCUUUGGAGAAGAGGAAACCCAGUGAGAAGCUUCAUCCCAUCUUUUCCUGGUGUGGCUCCAACAAUACCAGAGAUAUUGUCAUGCCCACCUACGACCUGACUGAGUCCGUCCUGGAGACAAUGGGAAGAGUGAGUCUGGACAUGAUGUCGGUGCAGGCCAACACGGGGCCACCAUGGCCAGAGAAAAACUCCACAGCCUUCUGGAGGGGCCGAGACAGUCGGCAGGAACGCCUUGAGCUGGUCAAGCUUUCCCGGGCUCACCCCAACAUGAUCGACGCUGCCUUUACCAACUUCUUCUUCUUCAAACAUGAUGAGAGCCUCUAUGGGCCGCUGGUCAAACAUGUCUCUUUCUUUGACUUUUUUAAGUACAAAUACCAAAUAAACAUUGACGGCACUGUGGCGGCGUAUCGGUUGCCUUACCUAUUGGCAGGAGACAGUGUGGUCCUAAAGCAGGACUCAGGCUACUACGAGCACUUCUACAAUGAACUUCGGCCAUGGGAGCACUACAUCCCAAUCAGGGCGGACCUUGGAGACCUGCUGGAAAAGAUCCAGUGGGCUCGUGAACACGAUGAAGAGGCAAAGAAAAUUGCACUGACGGGUCAACAGUUUGCCCGCAAUAAUCUUAUGGGAAACCACAUAUUUUGCUACUACUACAAACUUUUCCAGGAGUAUGCCAAACUCCAUGUCACAGAGCCCAAGAUUCGUGAAGGCAUGGAGCUUGUAGAGCAGCCCAGUGAUGACCUGUUCCCAUGUCACUGCCAAAGGAGGAGGGAAAAGGAUGAACUUUGAUUGACCUGUGAACCAGUUACAGAGCAAUCCUUCAUAUCCCAUAUACUGCCAAAUACUGUUUCAGAUUUAACUGUAUGACUAUGAUAUGAAUAUCACAUCUCAUUUUUAAAAUAAAUAUUUUUCUUUUUGUA